UCGAGAUUCACUUUAUUACGAGUCAAUAACGCAAUGAUGUCGGAAAACGUAUCGGUACUGCUGUUUUUCGUCUUGUUUGCGAGCGUUUUAGGUUCUGAUGGACGUUCCUCCACGGAAGUCAACGAACCGGACGAAAUGGUCGUUUACCGACUACCAGGAAAUACGAUCCCGGUCUCGUACAAUUUGAAUAUUAUGCCGGACUACAAUUACUUUACAAACACCGUUGACUUUAACGGGGAGGUAGAGAUUUUGAUCGACGUAAUAUCAAAAACUUCAACGAUAACAUUGAAUUGCAAUGAUAUCCUGAUUUACGUGGUGUAUGUACACGAAAAAAAAACCAAAGACAACAUUGAUGUAUUAGAAGUCAAAAAUGAUAGCCAAAAUGAGCAGUGCAACAUUUUGUUGAGAACACAACUAAAGGUUGGAAUUCGAUACGUGGUAAACAUCGAAUACCAUGUGAACAUUCGAGUAAACAACAUGGAAGGAUUUUAUAAAAGUACAUACAACAAUAAGGACAAUCAUAAACAAUGGUUGCUCCUGACAUAUUUCGAACCAACUGGAGCAAGGAGUAUAUUUCCGUGUUACGACGAACCGUCGUACAAAACGCCGUUCAACAUAACGCUGACUAGGCCAAAAAACCAAUCUUCGCGAGCCAACAUGCCGAUUUACACCAGUUAUUACGAUAAAUCCGUGCAAGACAUGCGUGACAUUUUUGUCGAGACACCGCCAAUUUCCACUCACAUGGUCGUGUUCGUCAUCAGCGGAUUUGAUCCAACGACAACUGGCAGCGUAGCCAGUCGUAGCCCCGUAUACGUGUUCUCGGACUUUGACCGCUUGGAUCAGUUACAAUAUGUCUCCGGCGAGGCGCCAAAGCUGCUGGCGGCCAUGGAGAGUUUCACGGAAGUGCCGUACGAGCUACCCAAACUGGACUUGUUCGCUAUACCAGAUUUCAAGUCGGACUCCAUGGGCAACUGGGGUCUGAACACAUUUCGGUAACUACCAACUUUUGACCAUAUUAUAUACAGUAUUAGUAGUAUGUUUUAGUCGGUUCUGUAUCCCCCGCAAAUCCAGGAGAUCCAGGUACCCCGCCCUCCCUAUCGUGCGCGUGCCAUGUCUCGCCAUGCCUAUCGCUGCCAUGCCCCUCCAUGCCGUUCCCGGCCUUACCCCUCCCCUCCAUGCUAUGAACGGCCAUGCCCCCUCCCAUCCAUUCCU